AUGGGGGAGGAAGAGAAGGAGGCUGGAACGAAGGGAGAUACUGGAACGAAUGAAGAUACUGAAACGAAUGAAGAUACUGGAACGAAUGAAGAUACUAGAACAAAGGAAGAUACAGAAACGAAUGAAGAUACUGGAACGAAUGAAGAUACUAGAACAAAGGAAGAUACAGAAACGAAUGAAGAUACUGGAACGAAUGAAGAUACUAGAACAAAGGAAGAUACAGAAACGAAUGAAGAUACUGGAACGAAUGAAGAUACUAGAACAAAGGAAGAUACAGAAACGAAUGAAGAUACUGGAACGAAUGAAGAUACUAGAACAAAGGAAGAUACAGAAACGAAUGAAGAUACUGGAACGAAUGAAGAUACUAGAACAAAGGAAGAUACAGAAACGAAUGAAGAUACUGGAACGAAUGAAGAUACUAGAACAAAGGAAGAUACAGAAACGAAUGAAGAUACUGGAACGAAUGAAGAUACUAGAACAAAGGAAGAUACAGAAACGAAUGAAGAUACUGGAACGAAUGAAGAUACUGGAACGAAUGAAGAUACUGGAACGAACGAAGAUACUGGAACGAAUGAAGAUACUGGAACGAGGGAAGAUACAGGAACGAAAGGAGAUACUGGAACUCAGAGAGAUAGUAUAAAAUAA